AUGACUGCUGAAAAUCAGUACCCGUUUACAACGUCAAAUAAUACUACAAGUACUAAUAAUCAUGAUGUAUCUAAAGAACAACAAAUUGUAUAUGGCACGACUCCAGUAAUAUACCAACCGUGCAAUAAGCCUCAAUCGCACAUGUGUGCUCAACCAACUCCAAACGGUCAAAUCGUCAAUCAAUAUUCAUCAGAUAGUAUGGUAACACAACAUCAACUUUAUCAGCAACAAGUACCAUCAACUAUUAACGUUCCAUCUGCCUAUGUGCAACAAGCGAUGUUACACGCAAACAUGUAUACGCAACAAGCGAUAUUAUAUUCCAACACGAAUCAACAACAAGAAUUAGUUUCUUCAUAUCGUCCGACAGUUAAUACUAAUGUUCUGUGUUCGUCAUCAAUGACUAACCAUGCGGUCUCAUCAACAACAAUAUCCGCUACUACUAAAAGAGGUCGCAACGACACCAGCGGUGUUUCUGAAUCAAAUGUUCAAGAACGACCUCAAUAUUAUCAGACAACUCGUAUUUUUAACGCUCGUAAUACACCAAAAAAGCGUCAUCGGGGAAUUAACGAACAGCAAAAAGAAAGCUUGUAUCCAUACCGUUAUGAACAAAAUCGUGAAGAACCAUUUACUUACAAUACUACGGAAGGAAGAAAUGUUCCAGAUUCAACAUAUGAUCAACAACAACAACCUUCAUUGGCCGCGUGUCGAUACGCUACAUCUCGUUUUCCAUUUUCUUCCUUUUCGAUAAUCUUCUCGCAUCAAGCUCGUGAAAAAGUCGUCAUCGAUGAUCUAAUUAAACAUGCAAGUGAAAAUUUUCAUUUUGAGUUAAAAAUGGCUGGUCAUCGACGUGGACGCUCUGAAAAUAACAAAUGUCGUAUUUUGGUUUUCGUCGAGAACAGUGAAUCGUUUGCGUUCUUGUAUGAAAGUGGAAAUGGGCCUACAACAUUAGCUGGAUACGAAUUUACAACAAAAAGGCCGUCAAUACCGCCACAGCUGUCGUUAGUUAUUCCAGCUGUCUCAUUACAAAUAGAUUGGGAAAAUUUCGUCCACGAAUUGAAAGAAAAAUAUCCGGGCAUAGCAGACGUUAUACGUCUAAAAAAUAAAGCGCAGCAACCAGUACGUGCAGUUAAACUUGAAUUCUUAUCUACUAAAUUACGUAAUGAAAUAUUAGAAGCUAAUGAAAUCAUGGUCAUGCACUUAAAACUAAACGUAGUCGAAUUUUUUACACAAGCCAAUGUAUUGAUUUGCUCCAAUUGUUAUGGGAUAGGGCAUUUCAAAAAGAACUGCGAACAAAAGAAUGAAUCAACGUGUAAAACGUGUGGUGAAAAAUAUCCAAAUCCGAAAGAUCAUCAAUGUUCAGGUAUUCCAAAAUGCAUUCAUUGUGAAGGACCACAUAUUUCAAAAGAUUCAAAAUGCAAAGUGGUGAAAGACUAUCGUGCUGCACUUACCCUUAAUCUUCUAGCUAAACUAAUACCAGCUAACAAUGAAUAUACAAAUAUACAACCAACUUCAAACAAUAUUCCUGUUGGUGGUUCGAUAGUUGGCAGCUCUUAUUCCUCGAUACUUAAUGGAGUGCCACCAUAUUCAAAUACAAAUGAUAUCUUAUUAAAGAAACUAGAUAAUAUUUUAGUAAAAGUGGAAGAAGAAUCUAAUGCAACACGUCGUUCUUUUGAAGAACUAAAAGAAGAAAUGAAAACUCGUUACGAAGAAACAAAACAACAAGUUGAAGUGCUUGACAAUCAAAUAAAAGCAAUGGAAAAGAAGUUUGAAGAUUUAAAAGUGCGAGUCUUUACAAUACUUGAAAACAUGUGUACAUCAAUAUUAGACCCACAAAUUACACAAAGAUCAAAUUGGAAAUCGUAUUGGCAAGAACAACUUCAACUACUAGUAGAAUCUAGAACGUCUCGUUCUAAUUCUAAACCAUGA